AUUACAGCGUGUUCAAUGCCCAGCAAGCGCAGGAUGAAAUGGAUACAAAGUCCCUUGAUGAUAUGGAGCAGAGCCUCCUGAUGCUGUCGGAGACGAAGGCGCCGGCCAUGAGCAAUGCAGCGCUCUGGAAGAAGCAGGUUUCCACCAUAGCUAAAGUUCACUUCCUCAGUCUCAAGCGGGAAAAUAAAUGUGUGAGAGUUAUGUUGUUGCUUUUUCUGAUUUUUCUCGUCGUUCAGAUUCUGUUGUUUUUCAUACACCACAUCAUCAAAAAUUCGGUGGCUGCUAUCAGACUUUCCCCAGAUUUGUACUUGCUGAAGCCCGGGGAGACCUCUCACAAGUACAGGAGCCGUCUCCUGCUGCAGAACUCCACAGAAUCGGCUAUCGAGGACAUCGUCCGCUCUCUCGGGAGCAUGAACGUCCUCCUGGAGAUGUUCAAUGACAGCGACUACGUCUCGGCCGCACCUCACAGCGCAGGUUUAAACGUGUUUGACCUCGAAUCCAGCCAGAACUAUGUUUUCAUGGUCGUAUUCAACAGUACCAUGGUGCAUUCCCUGCCAGUUUUGAUGAACAUUGUCAGCAAUCUGCUGCUGCGCAAUUUAAACGUGACGGAGAGCAUUCAGAUCUGGAGCAACCCCUUCGUACAGAAUCUUCCAGACACCAUUUUCAGACUAGAGAUCUAUUUUGAAGCCGUGUUACUGGGAAUCAUUAUUACUGGGAUGCCACCCUAUUUUGCCAUGGACAACGCCGAAAACCACAAGAUCAAGGCGUACACGCAGCUGAAGAUCGCAGGGCUUUACCCCUCCGCUUACUGGACGGGGCAAGCGGUCGUGGACCUCCCGCUCUUCUUCUCCAUCCUGGUCCUGAUGAUCGGCAGCCUCUUCGCCUUCCACUACGGCGUCUACUUCUACGUGGGCAAGUUCGUCGCUGUGAUUUUUUGCCUGAUUGGUUAUGUCCCAUCGGUCGUGCUCUUCACUUACGUGGUCUCCUUCACGUUUAAAAAAGUCCAGAAUACGAAAGAAUUUUGGUCAUUUAUAUUUUCAGUGACAGCCUUGCUGUGUACGGUGGUCACCGAAGUGGCCUUUUUUCUGGACUAUUACCUGGUAACCACCAUCCUGCACUACGUCUUCUCCCUCUUCAUUCCUAUUUAUCCCCUUAUUGGCUGUCUGAUCUGUUUUAUCAAGGUCUCGUGGAAAGGCAAGCGGAAGAACGGAGGAUACUACGACCCCUGGGACCGGCUCCUGGUAGCGGUUAUAGCUCCCUAUUUGCAGUGUGUGCUGUGGCUUUUCCUGCUGCGGUGUUUCGAGCUGAAGAACGGAGGGAGGAUGGUGCGGGAGGAUCCAUUUUUCAGAAAAUGCCAUACAAAAGCCAAGACCUGGAAGUUCCCGGACAUCCCGCGUGAUGAGAACGAAGACGAAGACGUGAAGGCGGAGAGGCGGCGAGUCCAAGAAAUACUGAGCAACCCCAAAAGCGAGGAGGUGCCAGCAAUCCUGGUGAGCAGCUUGCACAAGGAAUUUGAUGAGAGGAAGGAAUUUCUUCUGGGGAGAAAAAUAAAGAAAGUGGCAACAAAACACGUCUCUCUCUGCGUAAAGAAAGGAGAAAUAUUGGGGUUGUUGGGACCCAACGGAGCUGGGAAAAGCACCUUAAUUAAUAUGCUCGUGGGAGAGAUUGAGCCAACCAGUGGGCAGGUUCUGAUGGGGGAUUAUUCCUUUGGGCUGAGCAGCGAGGAUGACUCAGUGAAGUUUGUGGGGUACUGUCCUCAGACGAAUCCGCUUUGGCCAGACAUUACAUUGCAGGAGCACUUUGAAAUUUAUGGGGCUAUCAAAGGAAUGGAUCAGACUGAUGUUAAAGAAGUCAUAAAACGCAUCGCGAAUGCCCUGGAUUUAAAGGACCACCUGCAGAAGACAACAAAGAAGCUGGGCGUGGGGCUGAAGCGCAAGCUCUGCUUUGCCCUGAGCAUGCUGGGCAACCCACGGGUCACGCUGCUGGAUGAGCCAUCGACCGGGAUGGAUCCCAAAGCCAAGCAGCACAUGUGGCGGGCGAUUCGAGCAGCGUUCAAAAACAAGGAGAGAGCUGCCAUCCUGACCACUCACUACAUGGAAGAGGCGGACGCUGUCUGUGACCGUGUGGCCAUCCUGGUGUCCGGGCAGCUCAGAUGUAUAGGUACUGUCCAGCACCUGAAGAGUAAGUUUGGCAGAGGAUACUUCUUGGAAAUGAAAUUAAAAGAAACAGCAGAUGUACAGCAGGUGGAGUAUCUGCAGAGCCAGAUCGUGCACAUCUUCCCCAACGCGAAUCGACAGGAAAGUUUCGCUUCUAUUUUGGCGUAUAAAAUCCCUAAAGAAGAUGUACAGUCGCUGUCCCAUUCUUUUUCCAAGCUGGAAGAAGUAAAGCACGCCUUUAACAUCGAGGAGUACAGCUUUUCUCAGGCAACGCUGGAACAG